AUGGCGAACAACGUCGACAACCUGACGCUUAUGAUGCAGCAGAUGCUCGACAAGAUGACGGAGUUCGAGGCCUGGCGAGCCACCACCGACACCUCGCUCGGCUGGAUUGCUGGGAGCGUCGACCUCAACCGCGCUCCAUCGCCAGGGGAGCACCCGUCUGCUUCCUCUCAGGAACAGCCCAACGGGCACGGCGCGGGCAGAGGGAUUCUCGGUCCGAUUCCGGGAACCGACCCUCCGCCGAUUAACACCCAGGGUACGAUUCCAGAUCUCUCUGUUCAUAUUGCAAAUCUUGUUCCUGGUUCGCAUUCUCAUACAUAUCAUGCCGGAUCCACGCCCAAGAUGGAUUUCCCCAAGUUCGAUGGUGUCAAUCCAAGGCUAUGGCGUGAGCAGUGCGAGGUGUACUUUGAGAUCUAUGGGGUGUCAGAAGCAAUGAAGACAAGAUUUGCUACCUUGAAUUUCAUCGGCUCAGCAGCUCUUUGGCUUCAGACUGCUCAGUUGAGAGGACGGCUUCAGAAUUGGGAGGCUAUGCAUACAGCGGUUUGUGCCCACUUUGACAAAGAUCAGUACCCCUUGCACAUGAAGCAACUGGAGAACCUUCGUCAAACAGGCUCUGUAGCAGAUUAUCAGAAGAGCUUUGAGCAAUUGGCAGUAUUUUGUUGUACAAUCCUUCUUAUGAUGAUGUCUUCUUUGUCACUCGGUUUUUGGGAGGAUUGA